UCAUUAGCGUGCGACUCCAGCUACAAAACUGGUCUGGGUUGAAAAAGUAUGGCAGGUGCUGAGGCGGCGGUCGUAUCGUCAUCUUUGGAAACAGACACGGCCCGGGUCCCUGAAACUGCAGGAACAGCCGCAGCAACGGCCGCCACCUCAUCAGCGACGGCUGCAGCCGCGGCGGUUGCGGCCGCCGCCAGGACCGGAUCCGAAGCCACGGCCUCCAAGGCCGCUUUGGCUACUAAGCUGCUGUCCCUGAGCGGCGUGUUCGCUGUGCACAAGCCCAAAGGGCCCACUUCAGCCGAGCUGCUGAAUCGGCUGAAGGAGAAGCUGCUAGCAGAAGCUGGAAUGCCUUCUCCAGAAUGGGCCAAAAGGAAAAAGCAGACAUUGAAAAUUGGACAUGGAGGGACACUAGACAGUGCUGCCCGAGGAGUUCUGGUGGUUGGAAUCGGAAGGGGAACAAAAAUGUUGACCAGUAUGUUGUCAGGGUCCAAGAGGUAUACCGCCAUUGGGGAGCUGGGGAAAGCUACUGACACGCUAGAUUCCACCGGCAAAGUAACAGAAGAAAAGCCUUACGAUAAAAUAACACAAGAAGAUAUUGAAGGCGUUCUGCAGAAAUUUACUGGGAAUAUAAUGCAGGUACCUCCCCUCUAUUCUGCAUUAAAGAAAGAUGGACAGAGACUUUCAACCUUGAUGAAGAGAGGUGAAAUAGUAGAAGCGAAACCUGCCAGGCCAGUUACGGUGUACAGCCUCUCCCUUCAGAAAUUCCAGCCACCAUUUUUCACAUUAGAUGUUGAAUGUGGAGGAGGUUUUUAUAUCAGAAGCUUGGUCAGUGACAUUGGCAAAGAACUGUCUUCCUGUGCCAACGUCCUAGAGCUGACCCGAACCAAGCAGGGGCCGUUUACACUAGAAGAGCAUGCCCUUCCUGAAGACAAGUGGACAAUUGAUGACAUCGCCCAGUCUCUGGAACAUUGCUCGUCUCUUCUCCCGGCAGAGCUGGCACUUAAAAAGUCAAAACCUGAGGAGUCUAAUGAACAAGUUUUGAGCUGUGAAUAUAUAACCCUAAAUGAGACAAAGGGAGAAGAGGAUAUAAUUAAGGCCUCUUAAGAUUGGCUUGGGGUUGUCGUCAUUUCUUGGUUGACAUUUGAGUCCUGUGUACAGAAUGGCAAGCUACACGCAAGAGAUGAACAACUGUUUCUUUUUUUCUUCCCGCAUGAUUUUUUUUUCGCAUGAAGAAAAAUGUCCAUCAUUGACAGUUUCUGUGGUGUACAAUUUAUCUGCUCUACAUUAUAAAUAGCUUUGCAGUGACUUACUCAGUUCUUUGCCUCACUGUGAAAUGUUGUUUUAGGAUGUUAUUAUGUUGUUCAGUUGGAUUCAGGAAAAUCAACCUUCUGAUUUUGAUCUUUCUUCAGAGUCUUUCUAAUCAAAGAAAUACAAGCUAUAUGUUUCUUUGGUGUCACAAGACUGAAUGUAACUUUGACUUUGACUUUAUUUUGGCUUCCUAGUGGCUCUAUUAUAUUGAAGUUCUUAUGUUUGAAAAGACCAUUAUUUAACUUACAUUUUGGAGUUUACAGUUAUUAACAUUUAUUUGACAAGACUUGUACUUAACCUGGUAAUAGCUAUGUUUGUUUAGCUCUUGGAAACGAAUAAACUUUUAUAAUAAAUAUUUGUAAAUAAACCAAAUUGUUGCUGCUACCACUAA